UCCCAAUCAUUGUAAACAGGCGGAGGCUGGGGCGGGGUGGGAAUGGGGCGCCCGAGGCCGGCUAGGGGCGCAGCGCAGGAGGCGCCUACGGUGGCUGCGGCGGCACCGUGAGCGCGAGGAGGCGGCGGCUGAGGCGGGGGCGGGCUGUCGCGCGGCGGCGGGCACAGGUGUAAUGGAUAGGUAACAGAGAAACCCUCUUCACUGUCUCAUCAGGGAGGCAGAAUGACUGAGUGCUUCCUGCCCCCCACCAGCAGCCCCAGUGAACACCGCAGGGUGGAGCAUGGCAGUGGUCUUACCCGAACCCCCAGCUCUGAGGAGAUCAGCCCUACUAAGUUCCCUGGAUUGUACCGCACCGGCGAGCCCUCGCCUCCCCAUGACAGCCUCCAUGAACCUCCUGACAUAGUGUCUGAUGAUGAGAAAGACCAUGGGAAGAAAAAAGGAAAAUUUAAGAAAAAAGAAAAAAGGACUGAAGGCUAUGCUGCCUUUCAGGAAGAUAGCUCUGGAGAUGAAGCUGAAAGUCCUUCCAAAAUGAAAAGGUCCAAGGGAAUCCAUGUUUUUAAGAAGCCCAGCUUUUCUAAAAAGAAAGAGAAGGAUUUUAAAAUAAAAGAGAAACCCAAAGAGGAAAAACAUAAAGAAGAAAAGCACAAAGAAGAGAAACAUAAAGAGAAGAAGUCGAAAGACUUGACAGCAGCUGAUGUUGUUAAACAGUGGAAGGAAAAGAAGAAAAAGAAGAAGCCAAUUCAGGAGCCAGAGGUGCCUCAGAUGGAUGUCCCCACUCUCAAGCCCAUUUUCGGAGUUCCCCUGACCGAUGCAGCUGAGCGGACCAUGAUGUAUGACGGCAUCCGGCUGCCGGCGGUGUUCCGCGAGUGCGUGGAUUAUGUGGAGAAGUACGGCAUGAAGUGUGAAGGCAUCUACAGAGUGUCAGGAAUUAAAUCAAAGGUGGAUGAGCUGAAAGCGGCCUAUGACAGAGAGGAGUCUCCCAAUUUGGAAGAGUAUGAACCUAACACUGUAGCCAGUUUGUUGAAGCAGUAUUUGCGAGACCUUCCGGAGAAUCUGCUUACCAAAGAGCUGAUGCCUCGCUUUGAGGAGGCAUGUGGGAGGAGCACAGAGAGCGAGAAGGUGCAGGAAUUCCAGCGCUUGCUCAAAGAACUGCCAGAAUGUAACUAUCUCCUGAUUUCUUGGCUGAUCGUGCACAUGGACCAUGUUAUCGCAAAGGAACUGGAAACAAAAAUGAAUAUACAGAACAUUUCUAUAGUGCUCAGCCCAACGGUUCAGAUUAGCAAUCGUGUCCUAUAUGUGUUUUUCACACAUGUGCAAGAGCUCUUUGGAAAUGUGAUACUAAAGCCAGUGACAAAACCUCUUCGAUGGUCUAACAUGGCCACUAUGCCCACACUGCCAGAGACCCAGGAGAACAUCAAGGAGGAGAUCAGAAGACAGGAGUUUCUUUUGAAUUGUUUACAUCGAGAUCUGCAGGCUGGGGUGAAGGAUUUAUCUAAAGAAGAAAGAUUAUGGGAAGUACAAAGAAUUUUGACAGCCCUCAAAAGGAAACUGAGAGAAGCUAAAAGACAGGAGUGCGAAACCAAGAUUGCGCAAGAGAUUGCCAGUCUUUCAAAAGAGGAUGUUUCCAAAGAAGAAAUGAAUGAAAAUGAGGAAGUCAUAAAUAUUCUCCUUGCUCAGGAGAAUGAGAUCCUGACUGAACAGGAGGAGCUUCUAGCUAUGGAGCAGUUUCUGCGCCGACAGAUUGCCUCAGAAAAAGAAGAGAUUGAACGCCUCAGAGCCGAGAUUGCUGAAAUUCAGAGCCGUCAGCAGCAUGGCCGCAGUGAGACCGAGGAGUACUCCUCGGACAGUGAGAGUGAGAGUGAGGACGAAGAGGAGCUUCAGAUCAUCCUGGAGGACUUACAGAGGCAGAAUGAAGAACUAGAAAUAAAGAACAAUCAUUUGAAUCAAGCGAUUCACGAGGAGCGGGAGGCCAUCAUCGAACUGCGGGUGCAGCUGCGCCUGCUCCAGCUGCAGCGAGCCAAGCCCGAACUGCAGGUGCAGGACGAGGACGAGCCCGAGAGGCGUGGCGGGGCCGGACAGCCGCCCAGAGACAGCGCCCCGGAGACGAAAGCAGCUAAGGAGCAGCCAAAGGCAGGCAAGGAGCAGGCCAAGCCGUCCCCGAGCAGAGACAGGAAGGAGACGCCCAUCUGAGCAGCCCGAGCGUCACAGAAUCCCCAGACCCGACGAGACCUGUGCAUCUUACUGUAACCCUGAGAGUCGGAGUGGACAACUCUCUGCUGUACAUUCUGUAAAGAUGUCUUUUCUUCUCA